AUGGCAGUCACCACACUACUCUCCGAUUCCUCGGUGGAAUCGGUGAAGCAGGCCGUCCGCUCGACGUCAACAUGCUCGAAUGCCACCGUUCUCUCUCUCCAGACCCUUUUCCGUGGGCUGUCGAAAGUAUCGCCGGAGAUCGAGAAAACCACAGUAAAGAGGGGGACCAGAACCACGAAGACUUCAACAGCUUCCAGCCGAGCGAAGUCGUCGAGAGGCACCAAAGAAGCAGCAAUUAAUACAGUCGUGGAAAAGGACGCCGCGCGUCUGUCAUAUCAGGAGAAGCUUGUCCUCGCCACGGAUGUCUUCAAUACCACCCUGAAGACUCUCUCGGAUGCAUCGAAGCUGUGCGCUACACGGGACAACGUUCGGAUUAGGACAGCGACCAGCUCCCCCUCCCCCAGUCGCUCCAGAAAGUCAAAGACACCGGAGUCGCAGGUAUCAGAUGGGCUAGAUAAUGGCUUGGUAGCUGUGGCCGAAUGUGCAAGCACUGCUCUGUCUUCUUUAAGGACUCUGAAAGCGGAGCAAGGGAGCCAGGAGGCCGGAUUCCCCAACAUGCAGCUGGAGCAAGGUGCAUGUGUCUUGGCAGGGAGGUAUCUGUCAUUGGGGCUGAAUGACAUGGCAUACAAGGAAUUGAGAGGCCUGAAGAGGAGGUUACAGCAGCACCUGGAUAGCCAGGCCACAAUCCGUCAGAAGACUAUGAAUAGGCGGAAAAACGAGGUUUUUCAGGAGGAGGAACCCACGAAAGAACGGAUGUCAGACUUGCUCACGUUUGCUAAUCUUGCCCACGCCGGACCAGUGCUGAGUGUACUUGUCCCUUUUCAAUCGAAUGCCCUACGGCUAAUUGCCUCAGAGAACAAACUUGCAACCAUCCAGAACGUCGCCUCCUCACUGCAGUUAACCGAAUUGAGCAGUCCAGCGAAUGUCAUCGUGGCGGCAACGGAAUCAGGGGCCCUCACCAAAGACAAGGCAGCAAUCCAACUCCAACUCCUCUCCAAUACCGUACUCUCUCUAUCAGGAACCCAACAAACAUCCACAAGCAGCACAACACGGGAUCGCUUGAAGCCAAUCACCUCGUUGGCCCUUCAGUUGUUAUCAUUGGAAAUGCGAUGCAUGAGUUGGAAACUCUCUGGCCACACCUGCGAUGAAGCAAAAGAGAUGUGGGAUCCAUUGACACGCUACCUGGCAAACUUCUCUCAUCACAGCAAAUCUAUCGAGAGAUUCGAGUUCGCAUCCGUGUACAAGACGAUUGUUCGGCUUCAAACAGCUGUCGCUAAUAUGCAAAAGCGGCCAUCGGCCAGUGUCAGAGACAACCUCUCUGUCGCUAGGAUUGCUACCACUCUAGGCCAGCUGGCGCAAGAGGCUGGAUGCUUCGAGGAGGCGUUGAAGCUUUUUACAGAAGCUCUCAACCCGCUCUCCAGCGGACAAUGCCUCUCGCUCGCCACCGUGCGUUGCAAGAUUGCGUCUUUACACCUUCAAGCCAGCAGGUCUUCGAAACCGUCGCUAGACACAGUGAUGAAUGUUGUAUCCGAUGCCACCACCUCACUUAGUAUGCCCUUAAAAGGGAGCCUGAGUGACCUCGAUGAGUUGCUGGUUGAAGCUGCGAAACUCAAGAAGCUUACAAUGAGCGCUUACGGGGAUUUGGUUACGAAGGCAGGAGAAAAGGUCACAGUUGAUAUUUCUCCGAUUUACGAAUACCUUCCCGCCUUCUUGAGGUUCUUGCGCCGGUACCUUGGUCGUUCAUCCACGGAUCAGGAACCAAAAGACAACGAGUUGUUUACUAGCCGAGUCCGCGCUUGCAGAAGCAUUGUUCUCUCGGCUGUAGAUUCAACUCUAGCGGUCGGGAAAUUCUCCAUCACGUCACAGAGACCCCCCUGGGAAGAUGUGCUGGUGGCAUUGACUGAUAGCCAGCGUCUUCUGACGACUAUUCACACUGGGGAUGAAGAUGCUGACUCCGCCGUCGAGCAAAUUGGCACGGCGUUUGUUCGUUUGUCGAACCUUUUUUGGUCACGCUAUUUGAAGGAGAAGGAGGGCGGGAAGGCCUAUCGUGAACUCGUAUCCCUAGUGAAACACUCCGCAAAUUUACUAUCCCGCUGUUCCCCAGACCAACGGAGUACUGGAUUCGCCGCUUUGAAAUAUGAACGACUUGCGCAUCUCUACAUGGAGGGUAAUAGGGGUGCCGAAGCCGAGCAGGCUUUCUCGCAGGCCAUCCAAGAGCAUAUCGACACAGGUGCUCUGGACCAACUGACGUCCAGUGCCAACUUCCCCCAUCGCAUUUCCCAAGACACCAAAAGCAGUGGAUUUAUGCUUGGUAGAGUCCUAACUGCUUACAUGAAGCUGAAACUGCGUAGCAGAAAGUCUCCCGGCCUCUUUGAUGAUGAGGCACAAUCGCCGAUAGUGAGAGGCUACAUUCUGGAAUGGCAAACGGGUAUCUUGACCGAACUACAUUCACACGCUUCCAGUGAUGAAGCCUUCUGCUCGCACUUGACUCAACUUGUGUCUAAACUGCUUGACUUGUAUGACCCUCAAACACAUCCCAUACGUCGUUUGCGAGUUGUUCUUAGCGGGCUGCGUUCGUCCCUAGAACGGCCGGGUUGUUUGGAGUCGGCAUUGUUGCAACAACUGCUUGAGGAAGGAUCUCAAUCUAUUGAACUUGGAGAAUACUUUGAAGACUCUGCUUUGGCGCUGCUAGGGACUCACCUGUUGAACUCCGUACGCCUUCAUGUAGGACUUCUGCAGGGGGACCUACAGCCGGAGAACCUCAAUCUCCUCAUAUCAUCAUGGACAUCGUUAAUGCGCACCUGCCAAGAUGAAGCAUCUCUUGUUCGGUAUGUCGGCGAUGCUGAGCAUUUCCUUCUCCAGCUGAAGGCCGUGGUCGACUACGCAGAAAUCCAUGGGCUUUGGCAGCUCCAGCUCUCCACUCUUGAAUUGGUUUUGCGUGUCACAGAACUUCAAGAUGGCGGAGACUUUUCAGAAGCUAUCAUCGUAAUUGCUCGCCUCGUACAGCAAUACUGCCGACUUGGGUACUGCAAGAAGGCAGGAGAUCUUCUCGCUCGCGCGGAUCAGUACCUCGGUCCGAAUGUAUCCUGCCUGGCUACACUAUCGCACAAACUGGCGCGGGUAGCCUACCUCCUGGAAACGGGCGAUACUGAGAAGGCAGCAGUCAUCCUUGCCGCAGCUCGAGCCCUCUACGAGAAGAACCAGAAGAAACAGGACCUCAGCAGCUGCUCUGUCUUGUCUAAGAUUGCUUGGGAAAGACUGGUCGCAGAUGCGGCUUUUAUUAGCUCGCAGCUUUCGUUUGCCCAGGGUGUUAUCAAGGAUGCACUCUUUUUCGCUAAGCUAUCUGUUCGGCUGAACUGCAGGAUUUGGGCCAAGGUUGAGAAGAUCUCGCAGAGGAAACAGGAAAAGAGCUUGCCCGUGCCGGUAGGGGACAAUUCCGAGCUUGACAACGUAGUCGAGACGAUGGCCAAGCUCGACGUAUCGCCAGCAAACCCUCCGACGACUUCCGUUUAUACUCAAGGAGCACCGUUCUGGCCGCACAUUGGCUCUCACCACACGUCCCUCUUGAACCUUGCAAGUCUAUCCGCACAUCACGGCCUGUUCCAAGAUGCCAUAUAUUAUGGCGAGCAGGCCUUGAAAAUUAACAAGACACUGAACGCCCCCGUCCGUCUCAUCAACUCCCAAGCGCAGCUUGGAUCACAUUGGAUUCUUGGAGGCCAUAUCUCUGAAGGCCAGGAACUCUUGGCGGCUGCCGAGAAGCAGUCUAAACAGCUAGAGAGCAGCGUUGAGCUCGCUUCGCUGCAUAUGGGCCUUGCCUCCCUUUACAGGGCGCAGGGUCAUUACCGUGACGAACUUCAGGCUCUUCUGGAGGCCGAUCAGAUCAUGGCCAAUUUUGUUAGUUCCGAGAUGUCCGACGCCAUUUCAGUCUCCUCAGGCGUCCCCGACUUGGAAGACAAAAUGGAAAGCCUUCGGAUCCGACCGAGCACCAGGAAGGCUAAGCAGCCAGCCACGGCAACUCGCAGGACUCGUGCUACUACCUCGACUAGAAGACCAACAAAGGCAGAGGCGACCACGCCGAGUGAUGCUGACACUGCCACCGAAUCCAAGUCCUUGCUGCAGCUAAGAAGCGACAUACUACGACAACAAGCCGCUUGCUCGCGCUCCUUACGAGAUUUCGAAACAGCCUCAACCCUUCUUGCCACCGCGCGAAAGUAUGCAGUCUCCAGGGACAGUCAGAUCUCGGUGCAUCUUGGGGAAAGUGAGCAUUUCCUCGCCGAUGCUAUCCGCCGCUUUGCCUCCCAUGCCGUAUAUUGCGUUCUUCCCGAAUCAACGAUAUCUUUGCCGUCCUUGCAGUCACCGAGUAAAACUGCCCAAGUCAGCGCCUCUAAGGCUCCCACCAAGUCUGCGUCACGGAAACCUCGAGCGCUCGCCCGAGGGACACGGUCACGGGCACCAACUGCCAGCGAGGACUUUGCUAUAAUGCUUUCUAAAGCAGGUGAUUCUCUCAAUAAUGUCUUCGCCGCUGCCACCACGCUGGGUUCCACGUUAGAUAGUCACUCCGCUUCUCGUUUGAUGAGCCGUAUCUCUAUGCUGUCUCAUGUCACAGCUGCCGAGGGCUCCACGGCCUGGUUGCAGCCUCCAGCAACUGUCAAUGAAAUUGGCCGCAUUGGUGCUUUUACGCGGGAGCAUACUGCUAUUGAUCUUGACAAGCAGUUGGCAGAGUGCAACGACCCACUCCUUUGGCCGACGCCCUCGGCAAUGACAACGGACUCAGAGAAUUUGUGUAGCUCAAAGUUUGCUGAAGAGUACAUUGAUAUCCUGCCGGACAACUGGAAUAUUCUCUCCCUAUCAUUGAGCGCCGACCGCAGUGAGUUUAUCGUCUCACGUCUGCAGCAAGGCCGUUCGCCGUUCCUUUUACGGCUUCCGCUGAAGAGGGGGAACUCGGAGGAAGAGGACGAGCAAUUUACUUUCGAUGACGGCCGGGAGGAGAUGCAGGAAUUGAUCAAGCUGGCUAAUGAGAGUGCCCACGCGGCCAAGGCUCAAACGGAUCGGCAAUCAAAGAAGGAGUGGUGGAAAAACCGCGAAGCUCUCGACCGCCGGAUGGAGACGCUCUUGCAGAACAUCGAAAAUGUAUGGUUUGGCGGCUUCCGCGGCAUCUUCUCCCCGGUGCCUCAAGACAAGGCCGCUCUGGGGCGUUUUGCAACCUCAUUCCAGUCCAUCCUGGACAAGCACCUACCCUCUCGCCAGAAGGGUGGCCGAGCGGAUGGCCCGCGCCUGACGCUGCACCCGAACGUACUGGAACUGUUCGUCGGCGUGGAAGACCUGGACGACCAGGAAGACCCCGAAGAGACCUUAAUGGACCUUUUGUACUUCGUGGUGGAUAUCCUGCAAUUUCAGGGAGAGCGCAAUGCGUACGACGAGAUUGACUUUGAUAUGAUGGUCGUUGAAACUCUCGACGCUGUGCGAGCCUACCAUGACGACGCCCACAACCGCCGCGGGAAACCCACACCCAACCACACUGUCUUGGUCCUGGAUAAAUCACUCCACUUGUUCCCGUGGGAAUCUCUCCCCUGUCUGCAGGGAUUUCCCGUGUGCCGUGUGCCGUCCUUGGAGUGUCUCCGUGACCGAGUUCUGCAGUUCCAGAAGAAGCGUAACUACAACGCCAGCAAGGGCAUGGGCAUUGACCGAAACAGUGGCAUGUACAUUCUUAACCCCACUGGGGAUCUUCAGACGACUCAGAGCACGUUUGACCAGGAUCUGUCCCGGUUGCCUGGCUGGACCAGGAUCGUGCAGCGCGAACCGAGCGAAGAGGAGUUCAAGCGCGGCUUGGACCAGACGAGUCUCUUCCUGUACUUCGGACACGGCAGUGGUGCGCAAUACAUCCGGGGUCGGACCAUUAAGCGACUGGAGCAGUGUGCGGUUGCAUUCCUCAUGGGUUGCAGCAGUGGUACUCUGACCGAGGCUGGCGAGUACGAACCUUACGGAACACCGAUGAACUACCUGCACGCGGGCAGCCCUGCCCUCGUUGCUACACUAUGGGAUGUUACAGAUAAGGAUAUUGAUCGGUUUGCGCAGUCUACGUUUGAGAAAUGGGGUCUUUUUGAUGCCGGAUCGGACGGGGCGACUUUGGAUGAAGCCGUGUCGCAGUCCCGACCAGCUUGUGUGUUGAAGUAUUUGAAUGGAGCAGCUCCUGUGAUUUACGGCGUUCCAUCGGUGUUUUUGGAAUAA